AUGAAUAAAAUUAAUAGACUGUCCCAUAACACUGAGAUAAGAAAUGCUAUUUAUUCUGGAGUUGGCAUUGGGAUCUCAGGCAACAGCUUCCUUCUUCUCUUCCACAUCCUCAAGUACAUUCGUGGGCAGAGGUCCAGACCUAUUGACCUGCCCAUUGGUCUCUUGUCCCUAAUCCACCUGCUGAUGCUGAUAGUCAUGAGUUUAGUAGCUACGGACAUCUUUAUGCCAUGGGGGAGAUGGGGUGACACCACAUGCAAAUGUGUUAUAUCCUUGUACAGGCUUUGUAGGAGUCUCUCUCUUUGUGCCACCAGCCUGCUCAGCAUCCUCCAGGCUGUCACCCUCAGUCCCAGAAACUCCUGCCUAGAAAAACUCAAGCNUAAAUCUCCACACUACAUGCUAGGUUGUCUUCUUUUCCUGAGUGUCUUCUAUACGUUCAUUAGCAGUCCCCUUGCCACAUACAUAACAGCGAAGUCUAAUUUGACCUCACCUAGCUUUACAUAUAUCACUACAUCGUGCUCUCUGGCACCCAUGAGUUAC